CCCCGCGCCGUCUCCUCUGUUUUCUUGUGAUGCUGCAGAAUGUUCCGUACCUCUCAGGUGUAAGGUUGGAUGUACAGUUUUGAGGAAGACUUGAGGCUAUUUCACACGGACUCUCCGUGGAUUUAAAGGCUAAGGAUCUCCGAUGCCAUGCGACCCACCUCCUCUCCUCAGUGAGACAGCCCAUACCUAGACCUCCAGGACCCCACAGGACAGGAGAGAGAUGUGAAGCCAGCUCUGGGCUCAUGCUAUAAGGCCCGAGAGAGAGUCCCAGAGACCCAGACUCUGAGAGUUGUGGGUACACAGCGUUAUCUAAUGGAUGGCAGAGUGACUAAGUGAAAGAAGGAACUCAGAACAGAACUGACGUGAGGUCAUAAUGAGUGAUCAGCAAGGCGAGCCGGCCAUCGGCCACAGCCAUGUUGGUGAGGUCAGGAACAACAACCACAACAGCCAUGUUGGUGAGGUCGAGAGCAACAACCAGAACCAGCAGGCUGGGGGAGGGGGAGUGGGAGCGGUGAUACCCGAUGGGGAUGCUAAUGCGAACCAGAUGAUCCAGAUGGGGGAGGGGGGCAGCGACGGCGGAGGGGAGAGUACAGGAGGAGAUGUUGACACUCUGCCCCCCCUGAUGUCUCAGACCACUGUGGUGUCUCAGUCAGUCACAGAGGAGCAGAAGAACAAGAUCGUCAUCUGGGGGACAGACUCUCAGUGUGACGACCCUGAGCUGGCCGAGUUUGAGAUGUUGGAAUGUCAGGAGCUGGAGGCAUACCUGGUAGAAGAAGAGGAGGAGGAUGAGGAGGAGGUGGUAUGUGUAGAAGUAGGAGUGAAAGGAGGUGCACGGCAGAUCCUCCUGGACCAGCCUGUCUCCGUAGUGGAUCUAGUCUCUGACAGUAAAGAGGGAGGAGGGAGGAGGACUAUUCAACAGGGCUCAGGCGGGCAGGGCGCCGCCACCAUGGACUCUGGAGGAACCAGAGGGACGAGGACAGAGUUCAGCUCUGAGAAACAUGUCUUGGUGUCCCGCCUGUCCAUUAUGUUCAGUCCGGAUGGGAGUCUGGCUCUGGACGCCGCUGGACGGACACAGGCCACCACCACAGACUCCUGGCACGUCCCCUCUGGACCCUCAGGACCAGACGGGACCAUCUUAGAGGAUCUCACCCUGGCCUCCCAGUCUUGUACCACCAUCUCAGACCAGUCCGAGGCCUCUAAGCCAUCCAAACAACCUCAGGCUCCAUCUGAAAGCACAAUACAACGAGCUGACCUCGAUCUAAACCAGAACACAACUGUUAGGUCUGAGGAGGUUGUCGUUCCGGAAGCACAAGUCAGUAACAACGUCCUAGUGGGUCGUUGUAAAUGUCAGCAGAACAUGGAGGAAGAUCAGGGCAAUGAAAAGCACAACCAGAAUCUGGAGCAGAGGUACCAGGAUGUUAGAGGCAGUGAAGGGAAGGCAGUUGAGGAACAUCAAGAUGCUAGAGGUAGUGGGGGGAAGGCAGCUGAGGAACACCAAGAUGCUAGAGGUAGUGGAGGGAAGACAGCUGAGGAACACCAAGAUGCUAGAGGUAGUGGGGGGAAGGCAGCUGAGGAACACCAAUAUGCUAGAGGUAGUGGGGGAAAGGCAGCUGAGGAACACCAAGAUGCUAAAGGUAGUGAGGGGGAGGGAGCUGAGGAACACCAAGAUGCUAGAGGUAGUGGGGGGAAGGCAGCUGAGGAACACCAAGAUGCUAAAGGUAGUGAGGGGAAGGCAGUUGAGGAACACCAAGAUGCUAGAGGUAGUGAGGGGGAGGCAGCUGAGGAACACCAAGAUGCUAGAGGCAGUGGGGGGAAGGCAGUUGAGGACCACAAGGUUAUUCCCCCUGAUAUGAACCACAACUCACCUGCCAAGUUAGGCACAAAUAGGAUUCAAUCUGUUGAAACCAGAAGCUUGAAGAUGCAUGGCUCUUUUGAUAAAACCUCAAAGGAACAAGGAUCCUUCGGACAAAGCAUGAAGAAAACGACUUCGUUUGAACAAAGCAUAAAGAAAACGACCGUGUUUGAAAACACCACAAAGAAGUCGGCCUCAUUUGAUAGAAGUUUGAAGAAAGAACCUUUCUUAGAUAGAACGUUGAUGAAAGAGGCAUCCUUCGACAGAACGUUGAGGAAGCAGGGCUCGUUUGAACGCAGCUCCAGUCCUUCUAGCCUGGAUGGGAGGAAGCCUUGGGGUAGCCCAAGCAGGAGCCCCAGCCGCCCCGCCACCCCUCCCUGGUCCCCCAGGAGACCAGCCCCCUCCUCCCCCGCCAAGACCAGCUCCAGACCUGCCUCCUCCACCUCUCCAGCCAAGGCCAGCAACCAAGCCUCCAGCCAGGACCGCAGCGAUUCCCUACAGAGGGGUACCACCAGUGGCCUCAAAGCACCUAGUAAGGUAUGUGUAAUCAGCAGCAUCCCCAAACCCAUCUCCCCUCAGCCACCUGCGGACCCUAGGAGGGCCUCUCCUCACACACCCAAACCUAUCUCCCCUCAGCCACCUGCGGACCCUAGGAGGGCCUCUCCUCACACACCCAAACCCAUCUCCCCUCAGCCACCUGCGGACCCUAGGAGGGCCUCUCCUCACAAACCCAAACCUGCCCGUCCAAAGAUCAUCACGUACGUCCGUAAGAACCCCCAGGUGAAGUCCCAGGGGACGGAGGUUGACCCAAAUGAAGCCUUGACACUCCCUCUCCGCCUGUCCUCUCCCCACCCCAGCCCUCCUACAGCCCACAGGAAGCCCCACAAGACAGGGCCCCAUUCUAAGGCCUCACAGGUGCUCUGCUCCUCUAAUAUACUAUUUGAUAAGUACCGGCAGGAGAUGGAGAAGGCAGGAUACUUUCCCCCGGGUACCAGCAUGACGUCGCUGGGCAUCAAACCUCCCAGCCACCCUCCUCCUCACAACCUCUCUUUGAACUCUGAGAGCUUUCAUGGGGACCUGCCUGACAGAUACAUGCAUGAGUUGGCUCCAGCACCUUCACAGCUGGGUCCCCAGGAGGGGACAGGCCUCUACCGUUCCCCCAGGCCCAGAGGGCCCCAGCUGGGGUUAGGGGCCGUCACCCGGCAGCCUGCUGCAGCCAAGAACAGGACUAUGUUCCAGGGCCAGACCGGUCAGAGGUCAGGGGUCGUGACCCUCAGCCAUCCGGGACAGCAGCAGGCACCGCCAGGGAACAACCAGGGAAACCACGACUCCACAGCAGACCAGAGGACGCCAGGUCCAGAGACCACCGUUGCCAGGACCCUGCUGCCUAAACCGGGUCAGUCUCGUCUGCGACCCCCAGGCUUCUCGGCCUUGCCACCUGCCCGUCUGGUCGCCUUCGGCUUUGUACGCAGCUCCAGUGUCUCCUCGGUUUCCAGCAACCAAACGACAGUGAGCAACCACAGCGACCCCUGCCGACCCUCCCAAC